AUGCUCAAGGAUCUGGAAGGAAUUCAAGGCGCCGGGAAGCUCAUCGAGCGCGCACGGAUGGAGGAGUCUCCGGAUGGAAACCCCCUUAUCGCGGCGCGUUGCUAUAUCGAUGCGAUGGAAAUCAUCGUCUCCACCGCUUCCCGUUAUGCCGAGGCAAUGGAGGAUUUGGAGAGCAAACUCUCGUUUCUCUUUCAGAUGCGCAGCCGUGUGGAGUUGUACUACGAACGGGCAGACCUCCUCUUGCAAGUGGCGGCCGAAAUGGAUUUGCCGGAUGUCCCCGAGGUUGACGACGUUCCGCCAACUUUGCCUACUUCGGUCUGUGGAGACGGCGAUAGAUAA